UGUGUCAGUGUCAGUGUGUGCAGGCAGUGCAGGGGGGAAGGAAUGGCAGGCUGGGGGAUCUUCUUCCUCUCUCUGCUCAACUACAAGACGGAGAAAUAUGUUAUCGCAGAGAACAGGAGGAUUGGAAUAUUGUUUCGUCUCUAUCAGCUGGCCGUGCUGGGAUACAUAAUAGGGUGGGUGUUUGUGGUGAGGAAGGGCUACCAGGAGAGAGAGGAGGCCAUCCAGACGUCAGUCAUCACCAAGCUUAAAGGUGUCACACUGACCAACAGCUCAGAGUCGGGGCUCCACCUCUGGAGCGCUGAGGAUUACGUCAUACCCCCAAAUGGCGAGCAGGUGUUCUUCAUAGUAACAAAUUACAUAGAGACGCCCAAUCAGAGGCUGGGCUUCUGUGCUGAGAGUUACAAGGUGCCAAACGGACGAUGUCUCAGUGAUGAUGACUGCAUGGAAGGAGAGGCUGUAACAGCUGGCCAUGGGAUCAAGACCGGCCUGUGCGUAAACAGCACCGGGACCUGUGAGAUUCACGCCUGGUGUCCAGUGGAAUACAGCAAGCGCCCAGCAGACCCUUUACUGAGCGAGGCAGAAAACUUCACCAUCUACAUCAAGAACUUCAUCCGUUUCCCAAAGUUUGAAUUCUCCAAGUCUAAUGUCCUUGAAACCUCUGAUGACAGCUACCUGAAAAGAUGCUCCUAUGACAGAGAGAAUCAUCAUUACUGCCCUAUCUUCCGCCUCGGAGAUCUAGUCGGCUGGACUGGACACGACUUCCAGGACAUGGCGGUGAAGGGUGGGUCUGUUGGUAUCCUGAUCGAGUGGAACUGUGACCUGGAUAAGGACUCCUCACAGUGUAAUCCACAUUACAGCUUCACUCGUUUGGACAUGAACUUGAACAACUCAGUCACAUCGGGAUACAACUUCAGAUAUGCCAGGUAUUACAAGGAUCACAAUGGUGAAACCUAUCGCACUUUGUAUAAAGUGUACGGAAUUCGCUUUGACAUAAUGAUCAACGGCCAGGCUGGAAAAUUCAACAUCGUUCCCACAAUAAUUGCCAUUGGUUCUGGUAUUGCUCUGCUGGGUGCUGGAGCCUUUAUCUGUGAUAUGAUUCUACUGUACAUGAUGAAUACAAGUUCCUUCUACCGAGAGAGGAAGUUUGAAAUCAUCAACUUCAAGAAGGAUCGGACCAAAAACAAGGAGGGAAAGGCUGGACACCGGGAGAGGAGAGCCAGGAGACCAGGGGCAGAGAAAGGCGUUGGAAACUCUACCAAAGAGCAGGAAACUGAAGCCACUCCGACAGCAGACGACCGGCCAUCAGUGGAGAAACAGGGUCCCACCAUUCCACGCAACACAGGACAAAGAUACUCCUCCGUUCUUCCUACCAACGUUUCAGAGCCAAGGCAUCACAUCACGUUCUCGUCACACAGUUAAGGUUACUAACUAAGACAGAACGAGACCAAUCGACCACAGUGGUCCCAGUUAUGUUGCAGGUGGAACCAAAAAGUCAAACGGAUUGUCCACUUCUCAUCUGCUGGUACGACUGUUACCAUGUCAACAAGCUUGAGAGAUUCUUGCCUUGACUAAAAAUGUGUUGGUCCAGGAAAAUGUUGAUGUGCUGCACUGGUUAGUGGGCCAGGACUCUGAUGUGAUACACACAAGAGGGGGGGUUUAAGCUAAUGGGUGAGGAACCAUGAGAUUACAACAGGUCCAUUAAUAAUGAAGUACUGUGAUAAUGCUGAUUCAAAGACUUUUAGUGACUUUUAGUGAAAUAUGUGUCAGUUGGUGUUUCACAAAUAAAACAUAUUGUCAUAAAUUCGACACACUUUCAAAUGUUUUUUGACUGUUGGGGAGCUAACUAGACUAAUCUGGACUAAUUUCCCAUGUUAGUAUUAUAUUCUGGGCCUACGUUUUGACCUUGGUUAUUUUAGGGACUACAUUAUAGAAAUUAAAUGAUAAAUUAAUUGAAAAUAAGAGAUGAAGUGAAUUCUUAUACAUCAGUCCUCAGACAUCUAUUAAAUUCAUUGUUACAGAAAAUGUCAUGACAGAACAGAUUGAAGGAGAGAAGGUUUUUUUAAUGCACUCAAUGUAACUGUCUUAAUUACUGUUCAGCUGGACGCAUGAUGUACCUGUGUUGUGACAUGUGAACACUAGUUUAACACUGCUGUGUGUUGUGUUUCCUGUUCUCUGGUUGUGACAUAGAUAUUUACCAUGCAAUUGUUACAACACACUUGUACUGAUUAUUAGUAACGUACAACACUGUGGAAUGCAGUCUUUCUGUGCCGUCUGUCAGUUCCCUGAUGAUGUGCGGCCUGAUUGAUGUUGAAGUGCAAUGACUCCUUUUACUGUUUUGUUCCCGUGUCUAUUUAUUGAAUGUUCUUUGUUGUUGGAAA